AUGAUCCCUUCUAUACCUAUUUAUGAGCAACAAAAUGAUCGACGACUAAAAGAGCUGGAAUCUAAGGUUUCUAUGCUGAAAGAUAUUACCUUGGAUAUUCAUAAACAAGCAUCGGAUAUGACAAUGAUUGAACAAAGUAAACAGGCGAUUUCAAGACUCACAAGAGACGUUCAUAAUUCUGCAUUGCGUUUAAACCGUGUUCUUUUAACAAAAAUAAGCAUUUUCAAAUGUUGGAUAUUUUUAAUAUUAUAG